AUGUCUGUGUCUGGGAACUCAUCGAGCAGCUCCCAACGUCUCCUCCGCUCGCAGAUGCUUCGCCAGGCGACCUUUAUCCUCCCAAAAACCGGUCAGCGACUCAAGGGCCUGGUGCAAUUACGAAAUUCGCACGCCAAUUCUAACGGCCGCCUUGACGAUGAAGAACGACGCGGGCUUCUUUCCGGGGAGAUUCCUCCUGCUCCAGAGGGCCUCGUGCUGCAAAUAAAAGGGAAUCUCUGGAAACAAUGGUACUCAUUGCGACAAUAUAUUUUGUCGGAGCUUGGAAUAGGCGUCUUGAAAUGCAGUCUGGCAUAUUUGAUUGGAUCUCUAGCGACCUUUGUGCCAGUGCUCACAGCGCUGCUUGGUCACCAGGAUAGCAAGCACAUGGUUGCCACUAUAACGGUGUAUUUCCACCCAGCUCGAUCGCAGGGGAGUAUGCUCAAAGCAUUGAUCUGUGCGUUUCUAGCCUUUAUCUACACGUCCUUCGUCUCGGUCACAAGUAUGUGCGUUGCAAUGUUCUUUCAGGACACACUAGACUUGCUUCCAUUGGGACAUGCCAUUGUCCUUAUUGUCUUCUGUGGAGGCGGACUGGGAUUUAUCGGGUGGACGAAGCAAAGACUAAGCGACCCGCUCGUCAAUGUUGCAUGCUCUUUGGCCUCGCUUUCGACGAUCAGUGUCUUAACGAAAGAAGGUGCAGUGCAAGCUGGAGACUUAUCAUUUGCGAAAAUUUCCCAGGUCUUGAAAAUGAUUAUCAUGGGGGUGACUGCCACGAUGGCUGUAUCGUUCUUGAUAUUUCCCAUCUCUGCCCGGAAGAAGUUGAGGUCAAACCUCACGAACGUCACCGAGUCCAUGGCGACUAUGCUGGCUUUGAUCACAGAAAGCUUUCUGAGCGGCUCUGAAGAAGAGCUUCAGAGUACAGAAUUCAUCAACGCAGCCGCACGACACAAGAAGGCAUAUGGUCAACUUGACUCUCUUGUCAAAGAAGCCAAACUCGAGCACUAUGUACGAGGCACGGAGAGGGAGUACAGAUUGGAAAAGAACCUCGUUCGCUGGGUACAGGAUAUAACUCACAACAUGGGAGGCUUGCGCAGUGCUGCUACUUUACAGUUUCAGUUACUCAGGCAAACCAAACCUGUUAACUCGCCGCAGCCACGAAGUACAGAGUCACUCCACCACGGCGCUGACUGUCACAGGCCAUUGAGCCCAUGGUCAAUACCCGAGGAACGAGCUUACCUAGAACCAAUUGAUGAGCAACCGGAGGAAGAAGUAUCGGUACCUGACGUCCUUCGGCCAAUCCUAAGCCGCCGACAGACAUCAGAAUCUGAGAUUGGAUUUACCCUUAUUCCUGCUGAUAUAUUCGCUAUAUUUAUAGACCAUUUGGGACCCUCUAUGAGAUCCCUCGCUUUCACGCUGAAGGAGAUAUUCAGGGAAAUCCCCUUUGGGCCUGCUCCACAGUUCAAAGUCUCCAUCGACAGCAGGUUCAGCACUAGCCUGGACCGUGCUCUUGAGCUCUACAAGGCGUCCAGGGAUGAAGCACUGAAAACUAUAUACCGGCAGAAAGAUAUCUUCAAAGUCAGAACCCUUGAAAUUGAAGCAGACCUCGAAGAGGUCGCCGCAAGUUGUGGGCAUUUCAGUUUCUCGCUGUUGGAAUUUGGCGAGCAGUUGAAAGAAUUGCUUGCCAUCCUAGAUGAAUUACAGCUUGAGUCUGAAGAACGACCCCGUGGAAGAUCUUGGAAUUGGUUGAAGUUUUGGCAAAAAAGAGACCCUGAGCGGAGGAGAGAGUUCUCCGAUCAACCAUUAAUUGAGUCGAGCACCCUGAGAAGCGCCAUUGCUCUUCCGCCGCCCCUAAAUGACUUUUCACAAUCUCAAAAUGGUGAUUCCAAAUCGGGAAAGCCAUUCACGAAGACCAGAGUCGGAUAUCAAAUAUGGAAAUCACUCGGCGUGUUCCGUCGAGAUGAUAUGAAAUUUGCGAUCAAGGUCGGCACCGGUGCAGCACUCUAUGCUUGGCCAUCCUUCAUCACUUCGACUCGACCAAUUUACUCGCAUUGGCGAGGGGAAUGGGGUCUGCUAUCCUACAUGUUGGUUUGCUCAAUGACCAUCGGAUCCUCUAACACCACAGGAUAUGCACGAUUCCUCGGAACAUGUCUCGGUGCGGUUUGUGCUAUUCUGUCGUGGUAUAUCACGGAUGGGAACGCUCUUGGUCUCGCAUUUUUAGGCUGGAUCAUGGCUACAUGGACAGCCUACAUCAUUAUUGUUAAACGGCAGGGCCCCAUGGGCCGCUUUAUCAUGCUUACAUACAACCUCUCUGUUCUAUACGCAUAUUCACUCACUCAGCAAGACGGCCAGGAUGACCAAGACGAGGGGGGAGACAGCCCCGUUAUCACUAAAAUUGCGCUUCAUCGGGUUGUAGCCGUGUUCUCCGGUUGCAUCUGGGGUAUCAUCGUCACCAGGCUAAUCUGGCCCAUUAGUGCACGAAAGAGACUGAAGGACGGACUCGCAUUGCUAUGGCUUCGUUUGAGUCUGAUCUGGAAGUUUGGUCCGCUUUCUGCAACCCACAGUUCUAAACAGCCGACUGAAUUUAUGACUGCGAGGGAUAAGCUUGAAGUUGAGCGAUUUCUGGCGCAUCUGGAGUCUCUUCAGGCCUCAGCACGGUCUGAGUUCCAGCUGAAGCAAGCGUUUCCGGAUGCGUCCUAUACUAAUCUUCUUGUGCACACGCGAAGCAUGGUGGAUGCCUUUGUAGCGAUGAACCUCGAGCUGGCCAAAAACUUGACCGCUUCGCGGGGCGAACUGGCCAUUCUUGAAUAUACCGUCCGAGAAAGACGGCAUUUGUCCUCCCGCAUUAGCCAUUUAUUAUCCUUCAUGGCUUCUUCUAUGAAGCUGGAGUAUCCUUUGAACGAUAACCUUCCCAAUGUUGAGCAUGCGCGAGACCGGCUUCUUUCCCGUCUUUUCCACUAUCGUAAGGACUCAGAAGUCUCCCAAUCGUCCACGGACGAGGAUUACUCAUUGCUUUACGCUUACGUGCUGGUGACCGGGCAAUUGUCGAAAGAAAUUGAGGGGAUAUCAGAGGAGAUCGGACGACUGUUUGGGGUUCUCGAUGAGGACGCAGUGAAACUCUAUGCCUAG